AUGGGCUUCUCCUUCCUGCUGGCCUGCGCCUUGGGCACCCUCGUCCUGGUGCCCCUCUUCCUCUGCCUGGCCUCCAUGAAGCUCUGGCACCUCUACUGCCUGCGGGGCCGCGAUCCCGCUUGCCCCCUGCCGCUGCCCCCGGGCACCAUGGGGCUGCCUUUCCUGGGGGAGACGCUCCAGCUGGUGCUGCAGCGUCGGAAAUUCCUGUCGAUGAAGCGCCGGCAAUACGGCCACGUCUACAAGACGCACCUCUUCGGGAGGCCGACGGUGCGGGUGAUGGGGGUGGAGAACGUGCGGCACAUCCUCCUGGGCGAGCACCGGCUCGUCGCCGUGCACUGGCCGGCUUCGGUGCGCAUCAUCCUGGGCUCCGGCUGCCUCUCCAACCUGCACGACGGUCAGCACAAGCAUCGCAAGAAGGGCUGCAGGGUUCUCGUCGAUGCACGGGACAAACUGGGCAUCCCUUGGCAGUACGCGGAAAACGAGAAACAUGCCAUGUUCCUAAUGGCCUUUGAAAAUAAAGCGGGCAUGUUCAUUGAGCCCUCCGUGUUCCAGUUGUAUGUACCAGCUCUGACAGGCCUGUGGAGGGAUUCUGGGAUCAAGGAAGCCUUCAGCCGUCGAAGUGAAUACCAGCUGGUGAGUAAACCGGCCCAAAAGCUAGUUGUCCCCCUACCCUCACUACCCCCCACCCCAUUUCCUAAAUGCUUCUCCCAUUUUAAACGGUCUCCUAUCAUUACUGGCAAGAUGCAGAAGGACCAUAUUCUAGAGCAGUGGUUCUCAACCUGA